GGGAAGGCGGGGCGCCGGGCGUGUUGUGCGCACGCGCGGGAGCCGUUAGCGGGAGCCGGCGCGCGGACAGCAACCCCUAUUUUUACUUCAGGAAACACUGAAGGCAAGGUGUAAAAAUAAAAGAAAAAAAAUCUUCCACCAGAAGUGUGUAUGGAAAUACUUAAUAGUCAUUUUGUUUUUUUCCCUGUACCUCAAAAGUGACACGCAUGUUUAGGUGACUAACUACAGGAGCAUCAAUCAAAAUGCCUAAUCUAGAACAUCCAGCGUAUCCGGCAGAUACACUGCUUCGCUUGGAAAGUUUAGUGCCUUGUCGUGAAUCCCAAGUGUCCAUGUUGCUGUCAAUAUUUGGAGAGCGUCAACAGUUUACUUUUCCAUCCAUCUUUAUCUAUGGACAUACAUCUAGUGGAAAGACCUAUGUGAUGCAAACUCUUCUAAACACGUUACAGCUUCCUCAUGUGUUUGUGAACUGUGUGGAAUACUUUACUUCAAGACUUCUUUUAGAAGAAAUUCUCUUCCAGUUGUCAAACUGUUCUUCCGACACAAAACAUGCUUCUCAUGUGCUUUGUGAUACUUUCAAUGACUUUGUACGUCUGUUUAAACAAGCCGUUACUAGUCAAGAUCUCCAGGAUCAAACAUUAUACAUUGUACUGGAUAGAGCAGAGCAGCUAAGGGAAAUGGAGGCAAACAUCCUGCCGGCAUUUCUUAGGCUUCAGGAACUGACUGACAGAAAUGUGACAGUUGUCUUGCUCAGUGAAAUAGUAUGGGAGCUAUUCCGUCCAAGUACUGGAUGCUUUGAGCCAUUCACUUUAUAUUUUCCAGAUUACAGCAUAGGACACCUGCAGAAGAUUCUGUCUCACAAUCAUCCCCCAGAAUAUUCGGCAGAUUUCUAUGCUGCAUACAUUAACAUUCUGCUUGGUGUAUUCUACAUGGUCUGCAGAGACCUCAAAGAACUUCAGCAUCUGGCAGCACUCAAUUUCUCUAAAUACUGUGAACCGGUGGUCAGAGGAGAAGCAAAUGAACGUGACACUCGAAAACUCUGGAAAAAUAUUGAACCUCAUUUGAAGAAGGCAAUGCAGACUGUUUAUCUCCGGGAAAUAUCCAGCUCACAGUGGGAGCGCUUGCAGCAUGAUGAUGGAGAACCUGGGCAGUUGAAAGGACUUUCUGCACAUGCACAUGUGGAACUUCCUUACUACUCUAAAUUCCUUCUGAUAGCUGCUUACCUUGCUUCCUACAAUCCUGUUAGGACAGAUAAGAGGUUCUUUCUUAAGCAUCAUGGGAAAAUUAAGAAGACUAACUUUAUGAAGAAACAUGAGAAGACCAGCAAUCAUCUCCUUGGGCCAAAGCCAUUCCCCCUGGACAGAUUGUUAGCAAUACUAUAUAGUAUUGUGGACAACAGAGUUGCUCCAACUGCAAAUAUAUUUUCCCAGAUCACCUCACUUGUGACACUCCAACUGUUAUCCUUGGUUGGCCAUAAUGACCAGCUUGAUGGACCCAGAUACAAAUGCACCGUAUCUUUGGACUUCAUCAGAGCUGUUGCAAGGACCGUGAACUUCGACAUAAUAAAGUACUUGUACGAUUUCUUGUGAAAACAAGCUUCACAGCCAUAUGGACACUGUGACAAUGACUAAGGCAAGCUGUGUUCAUCUCUCUACUUAGCUAGCCAGAGAGAAGAGUAUUUUGGCUCUUUUGGAUUUGUCCAAACAGGUGCUGGCCCAGCAUGGAAUCUGAUGAAAAUACUCUGAUUGGUCUAGGUGGAUCUGAGCGGAGGACUAUUUACCAGGGACCCUGGAGUAUUUGGAAGCAAUGUGUUAAUUAUAAACAGCAGGGUUUGAGCACAAUCUGUUCUACUCUUAAUGAUGUUAUCUUAACACUGAAAUUGCCUGAAACCCAUUUACUUAGGACUGCAUUUUGCUCUAUGAACUCUCCCCAGUGCUUUGAACAUGGCAGCAGCCCUUGUUUGUAUGCCCAGUCUUUUCACUUCCUCUCCACAGGAAUCUUUGCGAUUGCCUGCCAAAGCAGCUUUUCCCGAGGCCACCAUUUUAGGAGAGUGGAGUAACAAAAUACAAUAAACAUAAGAACAUAUUUAAAAUCAAUCUUGUAUCCUCCUUUCUCUUCAGUCAUAUGUAGGCAGACUGUUACACUGUUACAGGGAGAUCGCAAUGCUAGGAAACUCCCCAGUUUAUCAUCAUACUAGCUCAUUUCAGACCAUUCAUAAAUGCUAGCUGUGAAUCUAUUUUUAGCAAGAUUUUUCAUUUA